AUGGCGAGGAAAUUGAGAGCAGCUGCGCAGGCAGCUGCCAAAUCAAUGAAAAAUGUACCGCCGCCGCUCCCCGACGCAUCAGACGAAGAAAUGGCAGACGCGCCCCCGUCACGCGAAUCUUCACCGGCUGAGGAACCCGGCGAGCCCUCAGAAAAAGAGUCCGACGUCGAACCUCAACCAGAAGAACAACCCCAGGAGGAAGAGAAACCACCUGAACCAGCAACACCCGCUCCAGAAACCACCGCUCAGGAAUUAAACCCUGUGUCGCAAGCAGACACACCCACGCAAAGCCUCGGCCGUAUCUCAGCGAUUCCGCGGAAACGUCGUCCUGGUCGUCCGCCCAAGAAUCGUCCUCCAGACUGGGAUGCGCCGGACGGCAGUGCGCCGCCGCCAGCGCAUUCAGGCACACCAGCGAAGCGACGACGCGGUCGUCCUGCGGCUAGUGGUGGAAGAUGGGCGCGCAACCGGGGCCCAUCGCAUGUCACGCAGGUACCGAUCGACAAGGAAGGGAACAUGAUGGAUGUCAUCGACGACGAGGUGGCGCUUCCGCCCGACCCAGAGGGCGAGACCAAGGUCGACAAGAACGGCGUGCUCAAGGACGGCCGAGAAUACCGUGUUCGGACGUUUACCAUCCUCAACCGCGGAGAUCGGCUUUACAUGUUGUCGACGGAACCGGCACGCUGCAUUGGAUUCAGGGAUUCGUAUCUGUUCUUCCAGAAACACAAACUGCUGUACAAGAUCAUCAUCGACGAUGAGGCCAAACGCGAUCUCAUCGAGCGAGAGGUCAUUCCUCACUCGUAUAAGGGGCGUGCCAUCGGUGUCGUGACGGCUCGGUCGGUGUUUCGUGAAUUCGGUGCCAAGAUCAUUGUCGGUGGGCGAAAAAUCAUCGAUGACUACAACGUCCAGGCCGCGAGGGAGCGUGGAGAUGUCGAAGGCGAGCUUGCAGUCCCAGAAGACAAGCUACCUCCCCCCGGCGAGCCGUACAACAAGAACCAGUACGUGGCGUGGCACGGAGCCAGCAGCGUCUACCACACCAACGCCCCGUCUCUUCCGCUACCCACCGGCAAGGCAAUCGACUCGAAAAAGCGCAAGGUGACUGUGACUGGCGAUAACUGGAUGCUUGAGCAUGCUCGGGAGGCCAGUUCCUUCAACUCACUGAUCCUCCACGCGCGCCGCGCGAAUCUGGAAGGUGUCUACGACAUCCACACCAAUGCUAUCCACUAUCCUAAGAUCAUGCAGCCAUCGCACGCCCGCUGGGAGCAUGUCCCUCCCCCGGACCCGCGGGUCACCGCCAGACUCGCCAAGGGACUAUCCACGUUGAGCCUGACGAACGGAACGGACGAGGCCGAACCACCAGCCGACCAUACCACCGAAGAGACAGACACCGAGCCCCAAGCCACCUUCUCCACGAUUCCGCCCGCGCUCUCCCGCCGGUUCGCAAUCCACGACACCGUCUUGGAAACGCCCCCGUACUCCAACAUGGGCAUCCCCGGCCCGGACGGCGACGUGCACGAUCUCGGCAGCAACGGCCUCAUCAGCACCGCCGACUCCCUGCACCCGGAAUUCGUCGGCCCAGAGAUCCUCGCGGAGCUGCCACCAGAGUGCAAGGAGGCGCUCGUCGAAGCGGCCGCCCGCGAGUGGGAAUGGAAGUCGAAAUGGCGCAGCGAAGCGAUAGACGGGCAACGCACGACGCCGCUGAAGAGCUAUGCCUGGUUUCCGUAG